CGAUCUGUCAUCAUCGUUCGUACGAUGCGAAAAGGGAAGUUGAAAGAAGUGGCAGACUGAGGGAUACCGCGGAGUCUUAGGGGAUCCUACGUUUACAGCUGCUGACCGAGACACACACCACACACACACGUCGCAUCUGUGAACACACACACACACACACACGGCUGGGGUGUCACCGUUAUUAUUGUCCCGGAGACCACACUUCUCACGGCUCGCUAGCUUCCUCCCGCUGCCCGGUAUUUUCUGAAGUUUUCCCGCAGUAUCGCAGUAAGUGUCCCAAGAGGAAGAGAGUGGACAUUGUGCGACAUGGCAAGUAGAGGCGGAGCCACACGGCCCAACGGGCCAAACACGGGCAACAAGAUCUGUCAGUUCAAACUUGUGCUUUUAGGAGAGUCGGCGGUGGGGAAGUCGAGUCUCGUACUCCGCUUCGUCAAGGGACAGUUUCACGAAUUCCAGGAGAGCACAAUCGGAGCUGCCUUCCUGACUCAGACGGUAUGUUUGGACGACACAACAGUCAAGUUUGAAAUCUGGGACACAGCUGGUCAGGAGCGCUACCACAGUCUGGCCCCCAUGUACUACAGAGGUGCCCAGGCGGCCAUCGUGGUCUAUGACAUUACAAAUGAGGAGUCAUUUGUUCGGGCAAAGAAUUGGGUUAAAGAGCUUCAGAGACAAGCCAGUCCAAAUAUUGUAAUAGCUCUGGCCGGGAACAAGGCUGAUCUGGCCAGCAAGAGAGCGCUGGACUUCCAGGACGCACAGUCGUACGCCGACGACAACAGCUUGCUCUUCAUGGAGACGUCGGCGAAGACCUCGAUGAACGUGAACGAGAUCUUCAUGGCCAUUGCAAAGAAACUUCCCAAGAACGAGCCUCAGGCCGCCGGCACCAGCGCCGGACGCAACAGAGGAGUGGACCUGACAGAGACGGCUCAGCCCACCAGCCGCCCCUGCUGCAGUAACUAACCCAGCUCCUCCUGCUCAUCGUCCACACACACAGACACACACACACUCACACACCCCCUCCACUCUCUGCUCCCUCUGGACAUCGGGCUCCUCGGCUCUCUGACGUCAGACCUGACCCCUCCUCCUCCUCCUCCUCCUCCUCCUCAUCAUCCUCUCACUCCCUUGGUUUAGCUAAAAAAGACUCUGUAGAGCUGCAUUUCUAAUACUUUUAUUUUAUUUUUUUGUUCAUGUUCUUCUUGUUUUUGUUUGUUUGUUCAUUUGUUCUUAACUUUUUUUUUUUAAAAGAAGUGUAUAUCAGUAUAAUGGACGCAUGAAUCACUACAACGCCUAGACAAAAGAAACACACACAUACACAUAAACGUGUCGUUUUUGUUCCGUAAUAAGUUGGAAGACGAACUAACCCCCGGUGAAAGACCGCAGUGAGCGAUUGAGAAACCAUGUGAAUGUGUGAUGUUUGUUUGUUUUCCUGCAGAUGAGAAGGUGGAGCCUUAUUUUUUCACUUCACAGUGGGGGGGAGGGGGUGAAUGGAUGAAAACCUUUUUUUUUUUUGCUCACAAUCACCAAGAAAACCCAAGUUCUUCCCCCAUCCUCCAGAGGAAACAUCUGCAGCCAAGUUUUUGAAAAGAAGGUGGAUUUGCACAAAAGAUUUAGAAGAUUAUGAUAAACAUCAACCGAUCUGAUAUUUUCCUUGUCGUUUACUGUUAAAAAAAAAGAAAGAAAAAGUCUUCAUCUCUAGAGCUGUACGCACUUGAACGUCAGUCCUCGUGGUGCGGACGGAGGAACCUGAGGAACCUGAGGAACCUUCAGGCUAAAACCCAGAAAACUGGUGUGACGAGAUCCUGUAGAUGGAGCUUUUUCUGUCCAUGUCGAGACCAGGUUUUUGUAACGUCCCGCGGGACCCGAACGCGCCCUCGCUUUCGAGCCGAUCGCAGGAGCUAUGCUGGGAGGUCGCUUCAACGAACGUCAACGACGCAUGAGUCCACACGCCUCAGCCGCAUGAACGCACUCCAGCCUCAGGACGGCUUAAGGACCGCCUCCCUCGGAUGACGUCAUCUAAUCUCCACCUUUUUUCUUUUUGUCACACUAAUCCCAAAUUAAUAAUAGCUACACACCACCAACAGAUUUUAACUCUCUGAUAAUAUGUUCAUUUAGGCUCUUUGAAGACUUUAUUUUGUUCCUGCAAACAGACGUGACGUCAUAUUUUGUAUUUGAAUAAAGGGGGCGGAGUGAAGCCACAUCCGAUUUUUGUGUGGCGUACGUAGCGUUGUACACGUAUCAGACUGUGAUCAGAUCUCUGAGGACGGAUGGAACGAUACCACCGAUAUCAGUCCAGUACUGUAAGUUUAGACCCGUUAAUCACACAUUUUUGCCGAGUCAUUUCAGGCUACUUCACCAAGACCUAAUUCUCCAACCGUGUUGACAAAUAUUCUUCAACAUGACUCGGAUGAAAUGCUGUGGCUGGUUUUUAUUUGACAUUCUUUUACAGUCUGUGCAUAGUGAAGCAGACGGAGUGUGGUAUCGGCUCAUCCCUACUUAAUCCCGGGUCUGUCGAGUUCACGCUGACGUCGUUCCACGUGAAAAACAGGUCUUUUUCUCUGUUUGUUCACUCAAGAUGAUGUGAAUUUAUUUGGGUUUUUGCACAGAAAAAAAACAACUGAAAAUUGGACACAAAAAAAAUAUAGACUCUAAUGUUGUAGCGCAAAACAUAUGCGAUCGGAUCUCUGAGGACGGGACAUUAAUACCAGGGAUGAUACGAUACCACUUUUUCAUGUACCGAUAUCGAUACCAAUAUCAGUCUAAUACCUGUUAACAAUACAUUUGUGCUUCAUACAGACAUCAUUCUCCAACUGUGUUGACAGAUAUUGUUCAACAUGACUUUUAUCUUUUUCACCAGUAUUGGACCGAUACCGAGUUUGGUAUCAGUCUCCUCCCCAGCUCCGUCGAGUCCACGCUGACAAAACAUUUGGUUUUUGUUGGUUUUAAAAAGCCAGUUGUCGACCUGCGUCACCUCAGAUGUUGUGAACUUAUUUUGGUUUUGCACACACACAGAAAAUAGGACGAUUUUUCAUUGUUACAGAGUCAAAAAAAUGUGGAUCUGGGCUGCGAUGUCGUCGUCGUCUCCCUCCUCCUCCAGCACAUCUCACUCACACAAAGUCAUCCACGGAAAAUUUACACAGAGAUUCCGAACAAUUGUACAGUUCAACACACGUUAGUUUCUGCUUUGAUUUUUUAUUUUUUUGGUUUUGAUUUGGACCUUUUGUCACAAACGGGUCUAAUUUGGUGGUCUUUCUUUUCUUUUUUUGUUAAUCUGUAGUGUUAUUAACAAAAAUCCCCUCCGUGGUGUCUUGUUACUUUUUCUCCCAAAUGGUCCAUGGUCAUGUUUGAAAGGAACUUUUAUUGCAUUGCACAGUGUUGAUCAUGUUUUAAACUCGAUGACGACCGCCCGUGGAUUUUAUAUGACAGACUGUAUUGGACUUGCUAACCUUACGGCUGUACACACAGGUAGCAUCAUUAACCUGACCAUGGUGGUCUCUCCUGCAGCUCAAUGAAUUUUAAUAAUGUAAAAAAAAAAAGAAAGAAAACAGCAUUACUAGUGAUGGGCUGAUCAGUUUUGAGUGUCUGAAUACAAGUUAAUAAAUUCAAUAAAGAGGAAA